CAUAGAAAGAGAGAGAGUUGGAGGUAGCAAGAGAGAGAAGAUCAUGGAAAGCUCAAUGGGGUUGAGGCAAUGGCCUCAACUCACACUUGCAAUGGCACUUUGCCUAGUUGCUAUCAGUGUUAGUGCUGAUUAUAGCCCUUAUGCAUACCAAUCUCCACCUCCGCCGUAUGUGUACAAGUCACCUCCUCCUCCAUCUCUCUCACCACCACCUUCUUAUUACUACAAGUCCCCGCCUCCGCCAUAUGUAUACAAGUCACCUCCUCCUCCAUCUCCAUCACCACUACCUCCAUAUUAUUACAAAUCUCCCCCUCCUCCAUCUCCAUCACCACCACCUCCAUAUGUGUACAAAUCUCCACCUCCACCAUCUCCCUCACCUCCUCCCCCAUAUGUUUACAAGUCUCCACCACCCCCAUCCCCAUCACCACCACCUCCAUAUAUUUACAAGUCCCCGCCUCCACCAUCUCCUUCACCACCCCCUCCUUAUAUCUACAAGUCCCCUCCUCCACCAUCUCCCUCACCUCCUCCGCCAUAUGUUUAUAAAUCACCACCACCUCCAUCUCCUUUACUGCCACCUCCAUAUGUAUACAAGUCUCCACCUCCACCAUCACCCUCUCCUCCACCUUACUACUAUAAAUCUCCUCCUCCUCCUCCUUAUGUGUACUAGUGAUCCACUAGUAAAUUUUAAUGAGCUUUCUCUUAUAAACCCCCUUUGAAUUGUUUCGGUGAUUAUUUUAUAUAUACCCAUUAUUUCUGUUUGUAUUCAAUACUUUCAUUGAUAAUAGGGUUUACAAUAAAGUGAGUAUCUUAUAAUGUAUCCCUUGUUGUGAUUAUAUAUGCAAUACCAUUUGUAUGUCAUUCAAUGAAUAACACAGAAGAGUUUAAUUUCUUGAUUUA